UUGUACAGACUAAACAAGGAAGAGAGCAUGAGUGCGGACGUUUUUAUUGCAACAAAAUGUUGUGUUUAUGUUCUAACUCCUGAUCUGAAAAGGCGGUAUCCCUCUUUCUAUUUUCAUUUGGUUGCAACAUAGGCUAAUUGUAGUGAGUCGAGAGGAGCUGACACACUGAUUAACACGUUCGUUGCAAGUUGACAACAGUGUAUCUGAAUAGGCAAGUGUCAUCAUUGUAGCAUUUCUCAAUAUGAAAUGAUACAAUGUACCGGCUGCCAAUGUAACAUAACAAUGCAACAAUUUUAGCAAGUAAUUUAAAGUAAAGAUGAACGCUCGCAGCAGUUUAAGACAAGGAAUACUUAACACUAAGGUCAGGUACUCCAAAUUAGCCAAUGAUGAUGACGGCUACAUUGACCUGCAGUUCAAAAAAAGCCCACCAAAGGUUCCAUACAAAGCCAUUGCACUGGCAACUGUCCUCUUCUUGAUUGGCUCUCUGUUGAUCACCAUUGGAGCUCUCCUUUUGGCAGGAUACUUUGAAGUCACACAUGCUGACCGGACUGUGCCCGUUCUCAUAAUUGGAAUCUUGGUUUUCCUUCCGGGAUUCUAUCACCUGCGGAUAGCUUACUAUGCAUCGAAGGGCUACCGUGGUUACUCCUAUGAUGAUAUCCCAGACUUUGAUGACUGAGCCACUCCUAACUGAGGCAACUCCUUUGUUAUUUUCACAUAACAUUGUUGAAUACAGUAAACAGACUGGGAUCCAGGGUAGUCCUAAAGCAGAUGUCCUUUUGAUGUUUGUUCAUCAUGUCAUGUCUGUUCACUUCUUGUUCUUUGACUGGAUUACCACCAUACUUCAUUAUGAAUGACUACUAUAUUUAGAUAGGUUUGUGUUAUUGUUUCUAACAAAUAACAUGCACAUUUGUAUUUAUUUCAUGACAUGUCUUGUUUUUUUUUGCUACAUAUGCAUACCUUUUACAUAUACAUUUUACAUACAUGGCACUUUCAUAUACAGCAAUCACAUAACAAUAAAACAUACCCGAACAGA